AUGUCAUCCGGAGUUGCUGGUUGUACUCAAAUCACUUCAAAGAGUGUAGAGGGUCACAUGGAGGCUCAAGUACAGCUCAUGAAGAGUCAAAUUGACUUCCUACAUGAAGCUUUGGCCGAGGUUAAGGAGGCAAACCGAGACUUGUCUCAAAUGCUUUCAAAUCAGCAAGAUAAAGCUAUGGUAAGUUUUGAGAAAAUUGCUGGAAAUUUAAGAGUCUUAUGUGAUCGUUUUGAAGUUAAACAAGUACCCUCGUAUGCUGGAAUGUUGCAAGUGUCAUUGCCUUUGUUUUAUGGUUGUCAUAGAGAAUAUGAUACUUGGGAAAAGAGCAUAGAGAAUUUGUUUGUGUUGCUUAACAUAGAGAAAGAGAGUGAGAAAAUAGCCUUAGCUAUAGGUUGUUUUCGUUCUAAUGCUUUGAAUUGGUGGAAGCUAGUUUCAAAUAUCUAUUCGCAUUAUUGGUUUCGUAACUUGGAUGAUUGGAAUGAUUUGAGAAGUGCUUUGCGAGAAAGAUAUGCUGGUACUAACACCUUUGAUGAAGCAAAAGUGAAGUUGCUCAAUUACCGUUUCCACUAUGGCUUGGACAAGUGUUUCAAACAACAUCCAAAGAUAAGGAGACAAUCAAGGCUCUAUGAGGCAUACUAUGCUGCCUUAGAAGUGGAAAGAGAGCAUGAUACUUCUUGUGGUUGGAAUGGUCCAAUUGAGGAUCGGGGUAUAGAGGUUGAUGAUUCGAGGACGAAUCCUCUUAAAGAAGGAGGGGAUGAUGAGAAUCAUGUAGCCUUCCAUGAAGGUUCUCCUAGUGAGGGGAAUGAGUUAGUCCUUCAUUCUAGAUUUGGAAUGCCAAGUUUACUUUGCAGGCCAAUCAAGGAAGAAAGGAUGGAUCUUGACUACCUAUGUGAUAGGGAGUUGGUUCAAGAGAGCUAUGAUCAAGGUGAUGAGAAUGUCAUUAACUUUGGGGUGCAAACCAAAGGAGAUGAAGACCUCAUGGAAAUAAGUGCUGAAGAGUAUCAAGAGAGUUUGACUCUGUGUGCUCCAUGA